GCGAGAUUCAGCGUCCGAGUCGUUUCUGGAAUGGAGAACGAGCAGUUUCAGAGAUCGUCGGUGGACUGAAGCGGUGGUGGACCAGGAGAAACUGCGUAAACCCGCUUCACACAGUUGAGAUACCACUUGCUCAAAUUUGGACUCAAGCCAACCUGCGUCUCUUUAUGUGGAAAUCUGAGCUGUUAACAGGGGAGUGGUUUGUGCAACUAGCAAGUCCACAAGAGAAACUGCAUUUCCUUCUUCCACUUCCAUUUCAUCCUGCACAUGUUCCGGUGGUGGAGUCCUGCUUGACCAGCAAGUUUAUCAGGCGUGUGAGAGAGCAACUAUUUCAGUUGAUUUCAUUUCAUGACGCCUUAAACAUGUUGGAUCCAAGAGGGAAUGAAAGCAGAGGUCAGAGUCUGUCUAUGGGGACCAGCUUCAGAAAUGAUCAAGGCUUUCUUAUCACUGAUCCUGGGCCACCAGAAUACGCCCAAGCUGUGCGUAAGAACACUGUGAAGGAACUGCUGAUGAUGAAACGCCAGAAAUGGAGCUGCUCACCAGACGCCAACAGCUUUGUGCAUAAAUUUAAAUCUGCAAAAUCUGAAGCUUUUUCCAACAAUGUGAGUCCUCAUCUGUUGGGGCCUCCCGCACCAGUAAACUCCAUCGUUAUGAAUGAGUGUGCUCCUGAAAACGGUCACAGCAACCUGCAACAGAUGCAACAUCCAGCUCUGCAGGGCCAAGAGUCUCCAACUGCUAAAGCCAAAGUGACUUUAUUUCACUGGCAAAUCCAGCAAGAGGCGCAGAGGGUUGGAGGAGUUUCUCCAGAGCUGCUGAACAUGCAAGAUGCAGAUGGUGACACAUUUCUUCACAUAGCAGUGGCACAAGGUCGACGGGCUCUGGCUUAUGUGCUUGCCACAAAAAUGGCUGCAUCUGGCUCCCUGGACAUGAGAGAACACAACGGGCAGACGGCUCUUCAGAUUGCAGCUGCCACCAAUCAGCACUUGAUCGUCCAGGACCUGCUGACACACGGAGCCCAGAUCAACACUUGUGACUCCUGGGGACGCUCUCCUUUGCACGUGUGCGCUGAGAAAGGCCAUCUGCUCAGUCUUCAGAGCAUCUGGAGGACCCUGAUGGGGGGCGGCCAACCAGUCGAUGUUGAAAUGUUCAAUUAUGAUGGUUUAACUCCGCUGCACACAGCAGUCAUGUCUCACAAUGCUGCGGUCAAAGAGCUGAUGACUCGGAACAAUUCUUGUUCAUAUAUGAGAAUGGAGCUGCAGCAGAAGAGACAGAUGCUGGUUGAAUGUAUUAAGAUUCUGCUGCUCAUGGGCGCCUCCUUUGGGACAAAGGAUCUAAAAAGUGGACGGACGUGUCUUCACGUGGCUUCUGAGGAGGCAAACGUGGAGCUGCUGAACAUUUUCCUUGACCAUCCAUCGUCCCUGUCGGCUGUCAAUGUUCAGAUGUUCAAUGGAAACACUGCCCUGCACAUUGUCAGCUCUUUGCAAAACCACAAAAGUCAAGUGGAAGCAGUGAGGCUGCUGAUGAGGAGAGGAGCGGACCCCGGAGCCAGAAAUGUAGAAAAUGACCUGCCGUCUCAGCUGGUGGCUGAAGGAGCCACAGGUGAAAAGGUGCGGAAGAUCCUGAAGGGGAAAUGUUUUCACGAUUAAGUGAAGCUCAAAACCACUGUCAGUCAGACAGUCAGUCUAUGAAGAUACGAUUUGCCAAAAUGAGGCAGAUUCAGGUUGUUUCAGUGAAACAUGCCCAGUUGUUCAUUACUAUGUAAUGUCUAAGGACAAGGUCAAGUGUGGAUUAGUUACUUUUAGUUGCUUUUAAUUGCCUUCAGCAUUCAGCUUUCCUGAAAUGUAAGAUUAACAAUGAGGAAAAAAUAAGCAAAUGUGCUCUGUAAGUCAAGUUCUUUAGUUCAUUGUAUGUUUAUGCUGCAUAUUAUUGUACAAAAUUGUGUUUUGGUGUCUGUUCAGUGACGAGUUGAACCUGAAUUUUGAAUCUUCCUCCAGUUACUUUUGUCUUUCAUACUGUUUUCUGCCGAUUUCAAUCAAAAGGCACCUUAAUUCGUUAAGUUUGAAUUGCUACCAGAUUGUGUGGAUCAGAUUUGUUUCUAAAAUAUAGUAUUAGUGUUGUAAUAGUAUUUAAUGUAAUAAGUGAAUGUCACCCAAUGUUUAGGUAAGGCAGAUACAGUGGUUGAUAGUGAACUUCUGUUGAAGAUAUGAAUAUAAUUGUGUUCUAAUAUUAUUGGUCUAUGUCCAUCUUAAAAUAAAGUGUAUUUGCAGUGUGUGA